GAAAAAAAAAGCCCCUCUCCCUCCGUGACCGGCGAUUCAAGAUUAGCUUACAUUUGUUAUUGCUUCUUCAUUUUUUUCCAAUAAAAUUAAUUCCCAAUCCAAGUAGUACUACUGUAGUUUUUGUUUUAACAAUUGUAUGGAUACGGAGAAGAAGGCGAUGGCGUCCGAUUGCACCUUGAAUAAGCAGGAGUCAGAGUCGGAGUGGUUGUCGUUGGACCCAGAAAUGGAGUUUUUGGCAUCGAAACAAGAAACUGGGAACGAGUGGGAGCUGUUCAAGGAAAAUGUGAGGCCUUUGAAGCGGGGCCGCAACGUCGCUCUUCUCAACACUGCUCUCAAAUCCCACUCCUCCUCCUCCACCCUCAGGACUCAACUUCUUCACCAUCGCAGGAGGUUGAUUGAAGCCAUAGAUGAAUAUGAAGGUGACGAUCCUCUCCAACCUUGGCUUCGGUGCGUUAAGUGGGUUCAGGAGGCUUUUCCUGCUGGUGGAGACUCCUCCGGCUUAGUAGUCAUCUAUGAGCAGUGUGUCCGCUCUUUUUGGCACCAGGACCGCUACAAGGAUGAUCUUCGCUAUCUCAAUGUUUGGUUGGAAUAUGCGGCAAAUUGUAUUGAUGCUCAAGUCAUCUAUAGUUUUCUCGAGGCAAACAAAAUUGGCCUCACACAUGCUUCCUUCUAUAUAUCCUUUGCUCUUCACAUGGAAUCCAAGAACAAAACUAGAACUGCUAAUGAAAUCUUCAAUCGAGGCAUAUCUAUGAAUGCACGACCAAUUGAAAAAUUGAAGGCAGCCUAUAAAAAGUUUCUGAAUCGGUCAAUGAGAAGGUCAAUAGCUGUAGAGGAGGACAGAACAGAGAAUCAGUUCCCACUUAGAAGUUUUGGGACUGUACUGGCUACGGGAGAACGCCGAAACCAGGCAGAUGAUUCUGAUUUUGCUAUGAAAAAGUUGAAAACAGAUAGGAUUCAAGGGACUGCAAUACCUAUCUAUGAAGAUUCUGGUAGGAAUAUGAUAUCGGACCUACAAUCACAAACUUCAAAGUUGGAGUCAAAACCAUGGCAGAGUCUCGGUGUUCGCGCAGAGAGAAAUAAGGAGAACAACUCAGUUCCUUCUAAAUGGGCCUCAAAUAAGAUUCCCCAGAGAUUUGGGCAUAGAUUUGGAGGAACAAUUACAACUCCGUCUAUUGAGAUCUUUGUGGAUGACGAUUGUGCCGAAGCACAGAAGAUGGAUAAGGAGACUGGAAAAUCAUCAACUCUACAACUCAGACACGGGGAUGGUAGAGACCUUAAGAAGGAAACGGAGCUAUUGAGAGAGAAUCCCUUGCGCAAUUUUCCCCCAAGUUCUUUGCCUAGAUAAUCCGAGGAAGGACAUUAUUUCAUCUCUGUUGUUGUAUCCGAGUAAAGCAGACUUGAUCCAGUCUGCCAUUUCUCUUUUUGAUGAACGAAAUUGCAAAUUUAUUAACAUCCAGAAAAUUUUAGAA